AUGCCUCGAGCAGAGUAUCAGGCCGAGCCUCAGGCCGAGCCUCACAUGGGUCUCAUUAUCACCAACACGGCUAUCUCGAAUGAACUAACAGGAAUGCCGAUGGAGAUAAUUCUCGAAAUUGCGACGUACAUUAGUCAACCCACUAAGGUUAGUCUAGCCCAGACUUGUCGCGGCCUCUCAGCCGCCAUGGAAGUAGCUCUCUACGAUCAGGAUAGCUACGAGGAUCGACACGCGCUGUGGUGGGCUUGCGUGAAUAACGAACAUAAACUUCUACGACGUAUCAUCAAGUAUGACCCCAGCCUUGUCAACUAUCGUUUCCAUCAGACACAUGCUAUCAAACUCGAAUCCAUCCCACGACGCCUAAUGAAGGUUUGCGCCAAACGUGGAGGCGCUGAUUUCAGCAUUGAUCUGACCCCUCUCGCGGUAGCCAUCAAAUUUGCAAAUUUCGAUGUUUUCACUACCCUACUCAAAUUUGGUGCAAACGUGAAUGCUGCCGUCCCCUCUAACGCUAUGGGUCCUGGAAGACUCUGGCUUCCUAUCCAUUGGGUGGUUCGCGUAACCAAGAGCGGUAGGGACUUUGAAGAUUGUGUCAGUCUUCUAGUCAAGCAUGGCGCCAACAUCAAUCCAGCUCCUUUACUGCCGGGAAUAAUUGGAGCGUGUGGAGAUGGUGUUCCCCUAUUGGAGGUGAUCGACUUUAAGCCUCGUUUCCGAUCGAACCGCGAGGAGCCCAACCCAGACGCUUUCUACCAAGCUCAGCUCAGUGCUCGUAUGAGUAAGGCCAGAGUACUCCUUCGAUUUGGGGCGGACCCCAACUUUCGAGAGCCAAGUUCCUCUGAAACUGCGCUCAUUAAGGCAGCACGAUCUUUAGCUUCCUACGACCCGAAGUCUCCGUUUGCAAGGCAGAUUGCGCUUAGUCACGAUAUGGAGCGCGUCUAUGAAUUUGUGUUGAACAAUGCUUCACAGCUUUUCAAAGCCUUGAUCGAUCAUGGCGCAGACCCGAAUCUUUCCUGCCGUCAAAGAACCACCGCCCUGCAUCACUUAUGCGGACGCAGCCGGGAGCAUAGACCUCUGAUCUAUUACCUCUUACAGAGAGGAGCUUAUAUCAAUGCGACUGAUGAAGAUGGCCGCACCCCUAUUUACCAAUACCUGAUGUUCCCUCGUGAUCACAAGCUACUCGUCGAAUUUAUAAAGCAGGGCGCGAAUGUCAACCAUCGCGAUCUCGAGGGCCGUACCCCGCUACACGUAGCCUGCGCUAAUCGGUAUUCUUCUAGUGCGUUGCUAAAAGAUAAUGUUAAGGCACUACUUGCGCACGGCGCCGACCCUACUCUAGUUGACAAUGAAGGAAAAAGCCCGCUUGCCUUUCUUAACCCACGAAGAUUCGGGACUUGGGCCGAGAUCCGAAAUCUUUUCCUAAUGGCCGAGUGGAAGGCAUCCGGAGUUGUUGUAAGAGAUUGUGAGGAUUGGGAAGAUGAGAAACACGAGGGUGUUCCAAACCGAUGGAAAGUGGUAAAAUCCUUGAAAGAACGUCAACAUCAUUCAUGA